AUGUAUCUCACAGAAUUCAACAAGCCUUUAUUGGCGUUUUGGCUGGCUGCGAUACUGGAUUUCGUGGCAGCCGCACCAGAGCUCGCUUUUCCGGUCAAUUCGCAAGUUCCGCCCGUUGCAUACGUGUCACAGCCAUACGACUUUGUAUUUUCUGCCGAUACUUUUACCUCAAACGCUCCCCAGAUCUCCUACACUAUCGCAGAUGGCCCGGAGUGGCUUAAUCUUGACAGUGCUUCUCGCGAGUUCCGAGGGGUUCCUAAUCAGAGCGACUUAGGCACUACCACUUUGCAACUGGUCGCUUCAGACCUAACAGGACAGUUAUCCACGAGUGUCACAUUUGUUGUCCUCGAAUCUCCCACUCUGACGCUCAAUUCACCUCUACUGCCUCAACUAGAGCAAAGUGGCUUCAUUUCGCCGCCGAACUCCUUACUUGUGCAUCCACAGCAGUCGUUUCACCUAGCCUUCGAAAGGCAAACCUUCAGUGGUGCUACACUUGAUACAAAAUACUACGCAGUUUCGGCCGACAAUACCCCUCUACCUCCAUGGGUACAGUUUGAUGAAUCUCAUCUCGAGUUUUCGGGCACAACUCCUGGGUUGGUGUCCCCUUUGGCGGAAUCCCAGAUGUCCGGCUUAAGACUUAUUGCUUCGAAUGUACCUGGAUUUGCGGAAUUGAUCCUUGAUUUUCAAAUCGUGAUCAGCCGAAGGGUCCUGGCAUUUUCAACCGCUUCUCAACACAUUCGCGUUUCUGCUGGUGAUCAGUUUCAAACCAUGCCACUCCGGCCGUUCGUCACCCUGAAUGGGGGUCCGGUUACGGACGAUCAGAUUGUCAGCAUAGAUGCGAAUGUUCCAGCAUGGAUUGAGCUAGACAGAGAAGAAAUAUCUUUGAGUGGGACCCCUGACGGUUCUGUCAGCAUUACUAUCACUGUCACUGUCAUGGAUAUCUACCAUGAUGUUGCCAAUGCCACCAUCUUCCUCGAGAAUACCGGGAAUUCAAAUGUUUCUCUCGGGAUCAUAGGCAAGGUCAAUGUUACAGCCGGGGAAUACUUCUCAUACAACUGGACCACCCCGGCGUCAUCUCCUUGGGUUAGAGCUAUUGCGGCUCUGGGCAAUGCAGCGUCCUGGCUUGAUUUUAACACUCAGACGUGGACACUGUCAGGCGUUCUGGGUGUCCAACUUGAAAUUGCUGAAGGGGUUGAGAGAACGAGCGAUUCGGCGUUUGCGCCUUUGCCUGCUAAUCCGAGGCUGUCGAUCCUGAGACUUUCAGCAUUAACGAACAGAUUCUCAGCGGCAGGUUCGCAGAGCCAACAGGAGGAUUCGACCACCAAUACCAAUGCAAUUCCAACGCCACACGUGAUCGGCUUGCCGGACAGGAGGAGCGGCGCUGGACAUGGUGCCGGUAUCCUUGUCUCUGGUCAUACUGGUCUCGAUCGGACGUCCUGCCGAGAUACUUGGACAUCUAACCCACUGAGUGACCGCAGAAGGACUACGCUGGUGUUGGAUUCAUUCCCUGCACCCCCUGUUAAAGGAGCGACCACCGCUAGAACUGUAUCUCAGACAAGGAAAUCAGGUCCCGUCCUGCGGGAUGUUUUGGAAGAUGGCAAUCAACCUCUAUCCUUUGAGGAGCAGCGUCAGAAAUGGCAUACGGAACGUGCACGGGCUAGGUUAGAAGGAUCUGCAAGGUUUUCAAAUGCAGGCUCGGCACGGAUGAUGAUUUCACCACGAACUAAGUGGCUCAAAAGCACCCCGACGCUCGCAGACCGAGGCCUGCGAGCUUCUACAUCAACAGCAAGAGAGUCCAAAGUCAAGGAUAUCCAAGCAUUCCGUGAGCAUUCAUGGCCAAGGUGGCCUGGUUUUGAUCCCGAGGCUCCGAAACCUGCACGAAUGGGUCGUCUUGUACCCUCUUAUCAGGGAAAUACACCAGCGUUGAGGGCGCAGCUCAGCAUUGCGAGCAGCGGGCAGUUUGACUCAGCCACUUCCUCCGACAGCUGCUACCUGGAGGACGAAAAUCCGGCCAUGGAAGAACCACCAGCAGAAGCCCAACAGUGGCCGGCUAACCACAGCUCGCAGUCUCUACCACGCUUACCAUUCAACCCUGUCUCACGUUCGCAAGAGAACACGAGGAACAAUGAGUUCAGUGAUGCAAAGCAGCAAGGGUGGUUUGUAGAAGGCGAAUCGAAGAGGCCCCAAGACCGCCGAAGAGGGAGUUUCCGGUUCAUAUGA